CUUAUGCGGUGCCCACUAAUAUGCAACUGGGCGGUUGAGUUUCAUUUGCCGCAUCGCGUGUAUCGUCAGUUUGGUCUUUUCCAGCCUCACCCGCCGGAUGGGGUGGACACGGAUAAAGCACUUCAUAGGUUGGAUAGGAGAAGGCAACGGAAGAUAAAGGACUGGGCCAAGCAUCAUUCUGCGUAUGUUACCCGCUUCCAGCUUUGUGUGGAGCAAGCUCGUAGCACUACACGCGCCCCGCUUCGUGACCACAACUCACUUGCUUUUGAUAACUACGUACGAUGGUUUAUUGGAACUACUCGAGUUGAGAUAUGCCCGCCGGCAUAUAAUGAGGAUAUUCUUGAAGAACCCGUAAACUUUGAGGAUCUAGCAAAGGGGAAGUACAACAGAGAUGUCAGGCUAGGGCAAGGAGUCCCUGUUGUUCCGGUGAUUAACUAUGUGCGCACCGAGAUCAAGAAAGCAGCUGAUGAGAGCCAGUCUAUUCUGGAGAAGACACCGGUUGGAACUGGCAAUGAUGAUGGUUCACUACGAGCAUUCCUCAAGGUACAUAUCGCAUUCACUAUGAGAGCCAGUCUAUGUUGCGAAGUUUGA